AUGAAAUUAAAAGGGACUAAAGCAACAAAUAUCAUAAAAAAUGUCUUUGCACCAAUUGAAAAAUCUAUCAUAACAAAAAAACUUAAUAAUAAUAAGUUUUCUGUGAUGAUCGAUGAAUCUACAGACAUAGCUUGUACUUCAACUAUGUGUAUAGUUGUUCGUUCUUUCGAUACAAAUAUUGGUAAAAUAUCUACACAGUUCUUGGAUUUGUUGCCUGUCUAUGACUGUGAACACCCUGAUCAGGUUAAUACUUGA